GAAACAUGGAUAUGACGACGGAGCCAGCUUUAAACCUGCGAGACUUUCAAGCCGAUUACCAAAAAAAAUUAUUCGCUACUGCGGAUAGUGCGGACGAAGUGCCCUUCUUUCUGCAAACAAACCCAUUACUUGUGGACGUGGGUGAAAGCUGUUCCCUGGAAUUGAUCGAUUCCCCAGACGACAGCUCGAUUGCAGUCUUCCAGCCCGCCGCCGACAAAUGCCGUCCAACCUUUGCUCCGCCGCUGGAGAAUCAGCAUGUGCCCUCCACCUAUUCGGUUUUAAGCCAGCACAAGGCCAAGUCCCGUAAAAGUCCCUUUGGCCGCACCCAGUACAGUCACAAACUGAAUCCGCCGCCGACAGACUCCCCAAACCUCCAUCUUGGUGCUUGCGGUGAACUGGAGCUAACCGUGCGCCUUUACCGACCACCGCGGGCCUACCAUCGAGGCUUCAAGGUGGAGAGCCCCGUUUUUGCCGAGGAAUUCGUAUGUCUGGGCAGCAAUUAUCUGACCGAGCUGCGAGACAAGAUCAGCUGCGUUUGCAAUGGAAAACGCUUUGUCGACAUCAGCGACGAUCCGGAUGCACCAUUGCCAUCAAUUGACACAAAUCCCGGCUACUUCUUUAUUAACGACACAUUCUACAAUGACAAACGCAAUCCAAACAACCCCGACUAUUCCCAGACCGUUUUGCGGUGGGCGGCCAACGCGAACGGAGUGAACGUUGACACACUAAAGGUAGAGAGUAUGGAGGGCAAAAGAUUCAUCGACCUCACUGUCAGCCCCGGGUCACCGCUACACUACCUGCACCACGGCAAUUGCGAGCACCUGUUCGUGAUUUCCCAGAUCGAGAUUCUAACGCCACGCAGUGAACGCCCAGAUCGCAGUCUGUAUCCCUUUCCUCACGCCUUCAGCACAUUUAAUCGCAGGACUUGCUAUAUGUGCGGAAUUCGCAGUUAUAGUUUCAUCGUGAACCAGUCCCGGCGACAGCUGCACGAUCCCUCCUACCUGUGCCGCACUUGUUUUCUCAGAUUCUUUUACGUGGAUGGUGUCAAACUGGGUCAGUUCAAGGCCUAUCGCAUGUACGACCAUGUGGAGGUGGAAGACGAAGAAGAGGAGGGUAGGGGAGCGUUUCCCGAGGUUAAACAAUUAAGUCCCCCUUCUUAAGUAAACAUAAUAUAUAUAAAUAUGUGUGAUUUUGUUUUUAUUUGUGAGCUCCUUUGACUGCAAGAUCGCUCUAGGAGUUGAUUGAUAUCUUGUUCUUGUAAAAUAUUUGUAGAUAGAUUUAAAUAAAAUACAUACAUGUUGC